AUGUCGAAGUCUUCCUUCGCGGCGGUGAUCGAACAACAUCUGCCAAAUUUGGCGGCAUACAGAGAUCUGUACAAACACUUUCACCACAACCCAGAGAUUAGCACGCUUGAGACAGAAACGAGCGCUCGCAUUGCCUCGGAGCUUCGGAUCCUCAACGAGAAACACAGCUCACCUAUCGAGAUCAAGACCAACAUCGGAGGAACGGGACUCAUUGGCAUCCAUCGCAAUGGCGAUGGGCCAAUUGUGCUUCUCCGGGCUGAUAUAGAUGGCCUUCCGGUCGAAGAAAAGACUGGACUCGAUUAUGCAUCGACCAAACGCAUGAUGGACACCCACCUCGACCAGAUCGAGAAGCCGACCAUGCACGCCUGCGGCCACGACUUCCACAUCACAGCUCUCCUCGCUGCAAUAGAAACCCUUCUAAAUGCAAAGAACUCCUGGUCCGGCACACUGAUCUACCUCUUCCAGCCAGCAGAAGAGCGUGGUGCUGGGGCGCGCAUGAUGCUCGAUGAUGGCCUGUACACGAAGCACGGCUGCCCGAUCCCAGACGUCUGCCUGGGUCAGCACGUAUGGCCACAUAAGGCAGGCAACGUGUUUAGUCGGUCUGGUGCCAUGAUGUCAGCAGCAGAUUCCUAUGAGAUCACCAUCUUCGGGCGCGGUGGACAUGGCUCGAUGCCGCAUCUCGCCAUCGAUCCAGUCGUGAUCGCGUCUCACAUUGUUGUGCGCCUGCAGACACUCGUAUCUCGUGAAGUGCCACCAGAUGAGACGGCAGUGGUGACGGUCGGAAGCUUGAAAGCAGGCGACACUGUCAACGUGAUCGCUGAAGAAGCCAAACUGCAAGUCAACAUUCGCAGCGUGUCCGAGCAAUGGCGACGAGUCCUCCUCGACGGUCUCACUCGAGUGGUCAGAGCCGAAUGUGAUGCUGGCCGGGCCACCGCACCGCCCAGGAUCGUUCGACUGAAUCAGUAUCCUCUGACCUACAAUGACGAAGCCGUCACGCGGAGAGUCGAGCAUCAGUUCACACGGUUCUUCGGCGACAGGCACAAGCUCGAUAUGCAGCCUGUCCUGGGAUCAGAGGACUUCCCACUCCUGGGCAGCGAAGUCGGACGCCCGUACUUCUUCUGGUUCUUCGGCGGGCAUGACCCCAGAGACUAUGACGAACGUGUACGGUUGGGGACGGUGAAUGACAUUCCCAUGAACCACAAUCCAUAUUUCGCGCCCUGCAUUGAUCCUACUUUGCGGACGGGGGUGGAGGCAAUGGUGAUUGCAGCUUUGAGCUUCGUGGGCAAGGACAGAGCCGGCCAGCAGCCUAAGCUAUAA